UUAAGCCAUUAUUAACUAUUGAUUAUGUUAAUGUGAUUAAAUAGUUUAUCAACUAAAUAUAGCUUACUGAUAAAUCAAGAUUAUAAAGCAUAUAAAAUCCACUAAAAAAUUUUACUAAAAUAUAUUAAAAAGUUAUACUAGUAAAGAUUCAAAACAGAUCAAAGGUUUAUUGUAAAAUGAAGAAAAUGAGCAUUUUGGUUGCAAUUCUGUGUAUGUUUGUAGUAAAUGCACACGGUCAUAUUCCUCGUGCUUCUUGUCCAGAUGUAAAGGGAGUACUAAAUUUCGAUCCUUCAAAAUUUGUUGGUCUCUGGUAUGAACAACAAAGGUAUCCAACAAUCCUAGAAAAUAACGGUAAAUGUGUUUCCACGAAAUAUUCACUCAAUAGCGAUGAAUCGAUUGGAAUUAACACCAGAUAUCUUAAUGCAGAAUCAAAUGAAUGGACAAUACUCGAAGGAGUUGGAGUAUCAGACUCGACAACAGGCGAAGCCAAGUUUACAGUAACAUAUAAAAAUCCUGCAUUGACAGCACCUUUUUGGAUUCUUGAUAUAGACUAUGACCAAUUCUUCAUACCUUACUCAUGCAUUAUACAGGAUGGGCAUGUUGUAGAGAAUCUUUACAUUCAGACAAGAAGUCUAAAUCCAUCGAAUGAUGUGAUCAAUGCUGCCCUCAAAGUUAUCAACGACAACAAUCUUGAUGCCACUUUAUUAUUACAUACUGAUAAAACAUGUGAUUAAUAAUGAGAAUAGAUUUUUGAAGUAUA